UCAAGGUUUAUAUGAAAAUUUAUUAUAUGUUCCGACGAAAGUGCGAUAAUAUAAUACCAGCGCUUACGUUGGAUCAUUUCAAGUGCAGCAGUUUUCAAUACCCAUAAUCGCUGUGCCGAAUCGAUUAUUGGCAGAGAACAUUAAAUGGUGGCUUACAGAGAUAAUCUUACAUUACGAUAGUUAAUUAAGAAAAACCUGUAAAUAAACUUUAAUUCAAAGCCUGGAAAAUCGUAGAGAAAAUUACAGGAUGCCAUUAUACAAGGGUUCGUACGUUUAGUGACGCCUCCCAUUAGACGCCGAGGGUUUGCGCAGGGUGCGCGCGUCGCCGUACAUCCUGUUAUUCCCCAGUAGCGCCGCCGGCCCGGUACCGGCCGCUUCACAAUGUAGUCGCACGACCCAUGCCUUGAAAAGUCUUCCAAUAGUUUUAAGUAACCAAGUCUUCCAUUAGAUUAAGUAGUUUAAGAUGCAUAGGGACCGUGUGUCGCGACGCGAACAUAACAAGAUCGUAUUUGAAAGGCUUUGGCGGGGCACAUUUCAAGCAGUGCUCGCGGGGCCACCACGACGGCCAAGGGCAUCCUCCCACGAUCCAAACCCCGAUAUGUCGAUGGUUUCGACUAUGGGGCAUAACGAAUGCAACAUGGCCGAUUCUCUUGAGCCCGCGCUCCGAACUAUACUGGCUGCGUGUCUAAGGCCUAAUAACUGCUGCUGUAGAUGUAAUUGCGCCUCCGAUCGCAAUCAUGUUAACAAUUUGCAGGUCUGUCCCUCCGCGGAGGAGAGGAAGAACCUACGCUCCGUUAUAAGCGUACGUGAAACACAUGCUGUGGCCGAAGCCCAACAAGAAAAAAACGCAAGAUUACGCGAUGCGUUCGGCAUAUCGCCUCGUUUCGUGGAGGGCACAAGUCUUGACCCAGAAAGACGAGCUAGAGAGGAAGCCCAGAAAUACCCGUUGGUGAGAACUCCCAGCCACGAGAAAGAACAACAAAGGGAUACGAUUUCAAAGAAGAAGAAGAAGCGGAGUGCAUCACCAGAAGUCAAAAAGUCAAAGAAGAAAAAAUCCAAGAAAAAUAAAAAAGAGAAACAGGUGAAACUGCAGUUAACGCAAGACGAAAAAAAUAUUCUAUGGCGGCUUAUACGUAGGAAUGAAUCCAGUAAGAAGAAAAAGAAACGCUCCAAAUCUUCCGAUUCAGAAUCGUCCAGUAGCUCCGAAGGCAGCGACUCCGAAAGUUCCGUCGACGAUCGUCAGAAGAAAAAGAAGAAGAAAAAAACAAACAAGCGACGUGCCAGCAGCAGACAAUCCAGCCGGGAGAGUUCACCUGAAAAGCAAGAAAAAGAAAAAUACACUGAUCGGCCAAGUGAGAUUCAAGAUAAUGAACGAGGAAAAUACCGUGACCGUGAAGAUCGAAAUCAUAGAUUUGACGAGACUAAAAGAUCGCGACAAAGUGCUAACAGAGGCCGCGAAAGGAGCCCAUCUUAUGAACGGCAGUCUCCAGAUAUUAGGUCGCCGGAAAGAAAGCAGAAAUCGUAUAUCACUAAAAUAGAAAACAAAAAGAAAAUUGACAAAGAUGAAUUUGAUCUGGAGAAGCCAAUAGAAAAGAAUAAGCGAGAUCGACGGCGAUCACCGUCGUCAGAUUAUGACACAAUUCCAAAGAAAAGUGGCAAGCGCGACAAAAGAGGUUCUAGUGGGUCUCCGCCACCAGAGAAAAGGAGACGCCGCAGUCCUUCCUAUAAUAAAAAAGAAGAUCUAUACUCACGAGAAUCAAAACGCGAUGACUCAUACUAUCAAAAAGAUUCUAAGAGAGGCGAUUAUCAAAAAGAAACUACAAAAGAUGAAUCCUAUCCAAAAUCAUCUAAAAGGGAUAAUGAAAGAUAUCAUCGUGAUAAAUCUUAUGAGAAUAAAAGAUCCAUAAGAAAAAGCGAGUCUCCAGAUUACAGACGAAAAGAUAGCAACAGAAAAGACGAGCGACCGGAUGAAAGAAGAAGAUCCGAUGUUGAAAAAGGGAAUUAUAAAAGUGAGCGCUAUGAAAGAUCUCGUAAUAAUAGAGAUGUCGAGGAUGUAAAGCGAAAACGAAAAAGAAGUAGAAGUGCGUCUGAAGAAAGGAGGAAAUCUCGAGAAGUUUCUCCAAAAAACAGUAAUAAUAAUAAAUCUUAUAAAAAUAACGAUCAUAAAGAACCCGAAAGGUAUUAUAAAAACACAAGACAAGAAAGAUCUCACUCACGGGAUUCGAUUUUAGAUUCUCCGCCCCGGCAAAGGCAAAGCACUGUUACCAAAGUAACAAAGGAAACCUAUUACAAAGAGAGGGGUCAAACUCCUACAAACGACCCCAAAAAACGUAGUCCUUCGCAAGAUUAUUCUAGGCAAAGCUCUACGCCUCGUAAUAUUGAUAGAAAAUCAGAGAAAUGCAAAGCACUGGCAAAAGUAAUUGAUACUAAGCGUGGCCGAAGCAGGUCCCCUAGAAAAUCUCCUUUGUCCCGCGAAAAUGAUCGGUUUUCUAAAGACAAAAGACGGUAUUCUCGGAGCAAGUCAAAAUCAAAGACCCCUUUAAAACGCGCGUCUAAAAAAGACAAAAAGAGUAUAACGCCAACCAGGAAGUCUGAUAGACGUACUCCUUCUCCCAAAGUAGAACGCCGAGAAGCUAAACGAGCGGCGAGUUCUAAAGAAAAACAUGAGAAAGAUAAGGAUGUAAAAGAAUCUCAAAAGGAAAGAUCAAAGUCGCGAUCAGACCCAAAGAGCAGAAGCUCUUCGAGUCUUAGCUAUUCACCAGCACGACGAAGCCCAGAGCGCUAUCGAGACAUAAUUGAGAAAUUGCCUGAAAAGGAUAAAAGAAAAUAUAUUAAAUCCCCAUCUGAUUUACAACCAAAGAAAAAGAAAAACAAGGAAGAUUAUAAACCAAAAACAGUAUGCAUGAGAAGUUCUUCCAGUGAAAAUGACGAUUCUGAAGAAGAUUUUCUUCGAAUGGACUUUCACGCACGUCAAGAGGAAUUUAAUAUGAAGGAAUUGGAUAAACUUAAGCAACGAUUGGCUAAACUGACCAAAGCCACGAUGGAACGUAUUAGGAUCGAGGAAGUGAGUGGGCCGUCCACUUCACAAGGACGUAGUGAACAGAAGCUAGAAUGGGAGAUUGCAAGUAAAUCCCCAAAGGAAGCUGAGAAUGAAAUUAAAAGUCAAUCAAUCAGUCCAAUGAAGAUUGACAGCUUAAGGAAGGAAAGCCCAUUGCACGUUGAGAGCUCUAAAGUGAAAGAUGGGAAGAAGAGUAAGUCCCGUAGUUGGUCACGAGCCUCGUCUCGGUCACGUUCAAGGUCAAAGUCGCGGUCUCGGUCAAAAUCUAGAGUGAAGUCGUCACGGUCACGGUCGAAGAGCCGAGUGAAGUCAUCACGGUCGCGGACUCCGUCAGGAUCACGGUCACGUUCCAGGUCCUCUCGUUCAAGAUCUAGAUCCUACUCAUCAUCAAGAUCUCGUUCUUCUCGAUCCAGCUCGUACAGCAGCAGAAGUUCUUCUCGAUCAUCGCGUAGUUCAUCCCGUUCAACGCGAUCUUCGAGAACAAUGACGGGAGUGUACGCGGAUUACCGCAGAUCGAGUUCGACGCGCUCCAAGUCGCGCUCACCGUCCAUCCCGCGACGGGCGGGAUCGCCUAGCUUCCUCGAUAGGAGGCGGAUCACGAGUGCACGUAAAAGGCCGAUUCCCUAUCGGAGACCUACUCCAUCGACACCAUCUUCAGGAAGUUACUACAGUAGCAGAACCUCGGAACGCAGCUGGUCGCAAUCACCGCGUCCCGAAUAAAAAUAGGACAAAUAUACGUUAAAUCGCUAUUUCUUAUUCCGUAGAAAUUACGGAUACAUGAUUAUACUGAGACUACAUUAAGGAUUGGCGGUUUUUUUUUUAAAUUAUCGAGUCGAGUUAUUUAUCACGGCAAUAUUUUUAGUGAACCAAGAGAGAUUUAAAUGUUUACUCGACAAUAAUUAACUUGAGAUUUAUGAGUUUAAAAUAUAAAGGCAAAAACAGUAUCGAGGAGAGAAAUUAUAUUUAGAAAAGGUAACGCCUAUUUCAAAAGAUUAAUGAUAAUUUGAAUCUCUUUAGUUAAUACUCAAUUAUUUAUUUGUAAACCUUGAUUCAAGCAUUCUAGUCGUGUACAAAAUCUAGUCAAAUAAUAUUUAAUAAUUUAUUUUAUACCUAAUUUAUUGAAAUCAUUUUUUCCAUGUUAUUUUUAUAUUGUUGGUAAUUUUAUUAAUUUAUAGGAGAUGCACCAGAUACUCAAUACAAUAAUACUCUUAAGUUUUACGAUAAUGUGCAAUAUAUUUAUUGACAAUGUAUUUCUAUAAAGCUAGUCAUUUACAUAAAUAAUGCAAUGAUAAUUUUAAGUCAGAAUUUUUAAUAGGUAAGUAGUCACUCAAUACUUUGUAAAUUAGUGCUUAAUGUUGUAAAACUACAAAUAAUUAUUAUUUACACAUUGUUUCUUGGGAUGAUCUCUGAUGUAAUAGUUAAAAUAUACUGAAAUUCUGGACAUAACUUCAACAUUGUUUUCCUUUAAAUUUAAAAUUCCCAUUUCAAACAUUCCAAAGAUUUUCUGUAUACAAUUU